CUGUACCAGAACAGGUUUUUAGGUCUGGCUGCCAUGGCGUCUCCAUCUAGAAACUCCCAGAGCCGACGCCGGUGUAAAGAGCCCCUCCGCUACAGCUAUAACCCAGACCAGUUCCACAACAUAGACAUCAGAAAUGGCGCGCAUGAUGGCAUCGCCAUCCCUCGUUCUACCAGUGAUACUGACCUGGUCACUUCAGACAGCCGCUCUACGCUCAUGGUCAGCAGCUCUUACUAUUCUAUAGGGCACUCCCAGGAUUUGGUGAUUCACUGGGACAUCAAGGAAGAAGUGGAUGCCGGAGACUGGAUUGGCAUGUACCUUAUUGGUGAAGUCUCAUCUGAAAAUUUUCUGGAUUAUAAGAACCGUGGAGUCAACGGUUCUCACAGAGGCCAGAUCAUUUGGAAGAUUGACGCCAGCUCGUACUUUGUGGAGUCUGAAACUAAGAUCUGCUUCAAAUACUACCAUGGAGUGAGCGGAGCCCUGCGAGCCACAACCCCCAGUGUCACUGUCAAAAACUCAGCAGCUCCUAUUUUUAAAGGUAUUGGCUCUGAAGAGACUGCGCAAAGUCAAGGGAGUAGGAGGCUGAUCAGCUUCUCUCUCUCAGAUUUCCAAGCCAUGGGGUUGAAGAAGGGGAUGUUUUUCAACCCAGACCCUUAUCUGAAGAUUUCCAUUCAGCCUGGGAAACACAGCAUCUUUCCAGCUCUUCCUCAUCACGGACAAGAAAGGAGAUCCACGAUCAGAGGCAACACUGUGAACCCCAUCUGGCAGGCAGAGCAUUUCAGUUUCGUGUCUCUGCCAACUGAUGUGCUGGAAAUUGAAGUGAAGGACAAAUUUGCCAAGAGCCGUCCCAUCAUCAAGCGUUUCUUGGGAAAGCUGUCGAUGCCGGUUCAGAGGCUGCUGGAGAGACACGCCAUAGGGGAUAGGGUGGUCAGCUACACACUUGGCCGCAGGCUUCCAACUGACCAUGUGAGUGGACAGCUGCAGUUCCGAUUUGAGAUCACAUCCUCCAUCCAUGCAGAUGAUGAAGAGAUCUCUCUGAGUGCCGAGCCUGAGUCAGCAGAAACCCAAGACAGCAUCAUGAACAGUGUGGUGGAAAGCAGCAAUGGGGAACCUCCUGGGGACGUUCCAGAACACUCGGAGAAUUUGAAGCCAGAGUCAGCAAGUGAAGAGAAUGGAACGAACAGCUCAGGGAACCAAAACCAGGAGCACGCCGGGCCAUUUGAGGAAGCUGCAGGUCCUAUGGAGACUGAGGAUGGUGGCAACAUCUCGGAAGGACCCAAAGAGGCUGGAGAGAUUCAAGACCCAGAGCAACAAGACACCCCGCCCACUCUGAGUGCAGAAGAAGUGGCAGAGGGACUUGACCUGGAUGAGAAUUUGCCACCAUCCCUGUUGCCAGAAGGUAGCGGGGCAGAAGAGGGCGCAGUGCCGGCAGAUGGAGCCAGAGAAGAGGAGAUGCGGGAGAAGGGCCAGGAUGAGGAAGAGGAGGAAGAGGAGGUUUCUGCCCUGGAGCAAGGAGAGCCUGGACUGCAGCUGAGGGCCUCGGUGAAAAAGAAAAGCAGACCAUGUUCCCUACCUGUAUCUGAGCUUGAGACAGUGAUUGCAUCUGCCUGUGGAGAGCCUGAGACCCCAAGGACACACUACAUCCGCAUCCACACCCUGCUACACAGCAUGCCUUCGGCUCAGAGAGGGAGCACCACAGAGGAGGAGGACGGCUUGGAGGAGGAAAUUACCCUCAAGGAGUCCUCUGAAAAAGAUGGACUCAGCGAGGUGGAUACAAUAGCUGCUGACCCGCAGUCAAUGGAAGAUGGCGAGAAUGAGGGGGCUACACUAUGUAUGGCGCCCUCUGAUGGUUCUGGGGGCCUCUUCUCCAGUUUAUCCAAAAGCCUCGGUGCUGGCCAGGAGGGCGACGCACACCCCAGCACGGGGAGUGAGAGUGACUCCAGCCCCCAGCAAGGAGCGGACCACAGUUGCGAGGGCUGUGAUGCCUCGUGCUGCAGCCCCUCGUGCUACAGCACGUCCUGCUACAGCAGCUCCUGCUACAGCAGCUCCUGCUACAGCAGCUCCUGCUACAAUGGCAACAACCGCUUUGCCAGCCACACGCGCUUCUCCUCUGUGGAUAGCGCCAAGAUCUCUGAGAGCACGGUCUUCUCUUCGCAAGAGGAUGAUGAGGAGGAAAACAGCGCAUUCGAGUCCGUACCGGACUCAGUGCAAAGCCCAGAGCUAGAUCCCGAGUCUACAAAUGGGGCUGGGCCGUGGCAGGACGAACUGGCUGCCCCUGCUGGGAAUGCAGCAAGAACUACUGAAGGUCUGGAGUCCCCCAUGGCAGGUCCCAGCAAUAGGAGAGAAGGUGAAUGUCCUAUACUCCAUAAUUCCCAGCCAAUAAGCCAGCUUCCUUCCUUGAGGCCUGAACAUCAUCACUACCCAACAAUCGAUGAGCCUCUUCCACCAAACUGGGAAGCUCGAAUUGACAGCCACGGACGGGUCUUUUAUGUGGACCAUGUAAAUCGCACAACCACCUGGCAGCGACCAACAGUGGCGCCUACCCCAGAUGGAAUGAUCAGGUCCGGGUCUGUCCACCAGAUGGAGCAGCUUAACAGAAGGUAUCAAAACAUUCAGAGGACCAUUGCAACAGAGAGGCCUGACGAAGAUUCUAGCAACCAAAUCUGUGAGCAAAUACCGGAUGGAGGAGGUGGAGGUGGAGGGAGCGACUCGGAAGCAGAAUCAUCCCAAUCAAGCUUAGAUCUGAGGAGAGAAGGGUCACUUUCUCCAGUCAACUCACAAAAAAUCACGUUGCUGCUGCAGUCCCCGGCGGUCAAGUUCAUCACCAACCCCGAGUUCUUCACUGUGCUGCAUGCCAACUACAGUGCCUACCGGGUCUUCACAAGUAGCACUUGUUUGAAGCACAUGAUUUUGAAGGUCCGACGAGAUGCUCGCAAUUUUGAACGCUACCAGCAUAACCGGGACCUGGUGAAUUUCAUCAACAUGUUUGCAGACACCAGACUGGAACUGCCUCGGGGUUGGGAGAUCAAAACCGAUCAUCAGGGAAAGUCUUUCUUUGUGGACCACAACAGCCGAGCUACCACUUUCAUUGAUCCCCGAAUCCCUCUUCAGAAUGGCCGCCUUCCCAGUCAUCUGACCCAUCGACAGCACCUCCAGAGGCUCCGGAGUUACAGUGCUGGAGAGGCCUCCGAAGUCUCUAGAAACAGAGGAGCAUCCUUGCUGGCCAGGCCAGGACACAGCCUAAUAGCUGCCAUUCGAAGUCAGCAUCAACAUGAGUCAUUGCCACUGGCAUAUAAUGACAAGAUUGUGGCAUUUCUUCGCCAGCCAAACAUUUUUGAAAUGCUACAAGAACGUCAGCCAAGCUUGGCAAGAAACCACACACUCAGGGAGAAAAUCCACUAUAUUCGGACAGAGGGUAACCAUGGGCUGGAGAAACUGUCCUGUGAUGCAGAUCUGGUCAUUUUGCUGAGUCUCUUUGAAGAAGAGAUCAUGUCCUAUGUCCCCCUGCAAUCUGCCUUCCAACCCGGUAUAAGCUUCUCUCCCCGCUGUUCACCCUGCUCCUCACCUCAGAACUCCCCAGGUUUACAGAGAGCCAGCGCAAGAGCCCCUUCACCAUACCGAAGGGAUUUUGAAGCUAAGCUACGCAAUUCUACUAACCGAAAACUGGAAGAAGGAUUUGGUCAGGGCCCCGGUAAAAUUAAGCUCAUUAUCCGCCGAGACCACUUGCUGGAGGGGACCUUCAACCAGGUGAUGGCAUACUCCCGGAAGGAGCUCCAGAGAAACAAGCUCUACAUCACCUUUGUUGGAGAGGAGGGCCUGGACUACAGUGGCCCUUCUCGAGAGUUCUUCUUCCUUUUGUCUCAGGAGCUCUUCAACCCUUACUAUGGACUCUUUGAGUAUUCAGCAAAUGACACUUACACGGUGCAGAUCAGCCCCAUGUCGGCGUUUGUAGAAAACUAUCUUGAAUGGUUCAGAUUUAGUGGUCGUAUCCUGGGACUGGCUCUGAUCCAUCAGUAUCUCCUGGAUGCUUUUUUUACAAGGCCCUUCUACAAGGGACUCCUGAAGCUGCCCUGUGAUUUGAGCGACCUAGAAUAUUUAGAUGAGGAAUUCCACCAAAGUCUGCAGUGGAUGAAGGACAAUAACAUCACAGAUAUUCUCGAUCUCACCUUCACUGUUAAUGAAGAAGUUUUUGGACAGGUAACAGAGAGAGAGCUGAAGUCUGGAGGCGCCAACACGCAGGUGACUGAGAAGAACAAAAAGGAGUACAUUGAGAGGAUGGUGAAGUGGCGGGUGGAGCGCGGUGUGGUGCAGCAGACCGAGGCCUUGGUGAGGGGCUUCUAUGAGGUGGUAGACUCGAGGCUCGUCUCCGUGUUUGAUGCAAGGGAGCUGGAGCUGGUGAUUGCUGGUACUGCCGAAAUCGACCUGAACGACUGGAGGAAUAACACCGAGUACCGGGGAGGUUAUCAUGACGGCCACCUUGUGAUCCGCUGGUUCUGGGCUGCAGUGGAACGGUUCAAUAAUGAGCAGAGGUUAAGAUUACUCCAGUUUGUGACAGGAACAUCGAGUGUGCCCUAUGAAGGCUUUGCGGCUUUGCGGGGAAGCAAUGGACUUCGACGGUUCUGCAUUGAGAAGUGGGGAAAAAUUACAUCUCUUCCCAGGGCACAUACAUGCUUCAACCGGCUGGAUCUCCCACCAUACCCUUCAUACUCCAUGUUGUAUGAAAAGCUGCUAACAGCAGUAGAAGAAACCAGCACCUUCGGACUUGAGUGA